AUGAAAGACGGAAUGGCCAACAACAGCACAGCGAGCAUCUCUCAGGCCAGGAAAGCUGUGGAACAACUGAAGAUGGAGGCCUGCAUGGACAGAAUAAAGGUGUCGAAAGCUGCCGCUGACCUGAUGGCUUAUUGCGACGCUCACAUACGAGAGGACCCCCUCAUUGUUCCUGUGCCUGCCUCGGAUAACCCGUUCAGGGAGAAAAAGUUCUUCUGUACCAUCCUCUGA